UCGACUCACAUUUAUGUGCUAUCAGAUAACUCAGUGCACCAGGUUGUAUUCAAAAUUUAACUCGCAAAAGACUAAUUUUGAACUCUCGGAGAAAAACUACGCAAAAUGGGUCUCGGUAGAGCUGUUGAUUGAAGGACUGAGAAAAAAGAAACGAUGGGGCAGAUGCGUUUUAAAAAUUCGGCGGAAAGGUUGAAGAAUUUAAGGGAACUGACAUUUUGCUUCUAUGAAAAUGUCGCAAACUUGAUCAUUUGAGGGAGAGAAAAAACCCAGUUUCCCAACUCGAACCGCUUAUUCAGAUGGGAGGCUUUAUACACAUACAUACAUACAUUUAAUGAUAUCAUAUAGGCUACAUUUGUAGUAAAAAUAGGCCUAUCUCCAAACAACAUCAGCGACACUUGUUAAGUUGUUUCAACAUCAUUCGUUCGCACACAGCCUUGGAGGUUAUAGCUCCUUGCGUCUUCCUCCCCCGGGUCUGUGUGCCGCCUCGGCGUCGAUUGAUCGGCACGUCACGGCGGUCGCGAUCGCCAUCUUCAACACCUCUGCUUCCCGCCCACUGCAGGUCCCGACUCAGCUGCCGACGUCCACCGAGAGUGUCCGGUGUGGUGGCUAAAGUCAUGCCUUCCAUGGAAGAUGUAGUGGCUCAAGAGGCCGUCAUUCUAUGCAAUGAGUUUAUUCACUACAAACUCCAACAACUGGGUCUCGUCAGGAAGGGGCGAACGGUUUUGCCUGGUGCCACAGCUCCCAACACUAAAACGUACGAUUCCACCGCCGCCACAAACACCACGAAAUCGCAGUCGGGGCCCACGCUCCACGAGACCAUGCUCGAACUACAGCUGGUCAGCGCCGAGCUGGAGCAGCUGUACCCGACCCUGUUCCACGGUGUGUUCGGCCAGCUGAACAUCACCCGGGUCAGCUCGGAGGAGGUGGCCGAGGAGGCCUUCCAUUCCGUGGCCGACGAGCUGUUCCGGGCCGGUAUCACCUGGGCCCGGGUGGUGGCCAUGUUCGCCGUGGCCGGGGCGCUGGCCGUGGAGUGCGUGCAGCAACGGAGCUACGACUACACGGCCUUCGUGGACCGGCUGGUGGCAAGCCUAACCAGGUUCGUGCGGGAGAGGUUGGUGAGCUGGAUUGCUCGACAAGGAGGAUGGAGCGAUAUGGCCAAAACCUUUCAUGGGACAAAAGAGGAUGACUCGUACGUUUUGAUGACUAUCGGUGUCCUAGGAGCACUGUGCGGACUCGCGGGGACCAUAGUAGCAACCAGUAAGCUCCAGGUGUCCUUAUAACCAAUGAGAUCACGUCCCUGUGACGUCAACGACGGAGCAAACAAUCAGGAACGACUUGGGGGAUGGGUGCACCUGCGUCAAGUAGUCAAUCACGCCCGCACUGAAAACGAGACCUACGCAGAGCACACGGAUAUCGGCACACACUGACCAGUGGUUUGGCCGUGUUGAAGUGACACGAGCACGAACGCAUAGCCAAUGAAAGCUAAUACUACCAGAUGGUGAUAUCAAACAACACAGAGGGCGCACUGAAUGAGCAGCCUGGAUGCCUUCGAUUGGUAAAGCCUCGGCAUCUCCAUAACAUCUUAUCAGAGCACUUUCCCUGAGCACCUAUGGCACUGCAUUUGGCAUUGCCACGCGCACCCACACUUCGUAAUUUUACUUGUCGAAAGAACCAAUAACCGGAACUCUAGUGUGUGAAGAUGGCAAGACAAAAACUUUCCAAGAGGAAUUGCAAAACACCAGCGCUAUGUUUCAAGACACACUAACUUCCUUAUUUUUUUUUUAAAUCUACGUACAUUUAUGUGAAUCAGUGUAUUAUUAGGAAGUGAUUUUUAUCAACUGAACUUCACAAAAGGUUAGGCUUCUUGCAAGGAUAUUGCUAUUACCAGGGUAAUGUAUUAUUCUGACUAGUAUUGCCGUAAAUUCACUUUCUUGGCUUUGUAAUCUGAGUUUUUAAAAUGAAAAUCUCAAAGCUCGAUUAUAGAAGGCCCGAUACACGAAGUUUUUUUGAAAUGUAGGUACUUUUAAAAGAGUGUUACAUUAACUGUUUGGUUUUGUACUCUGAAGAUUUUGGAAAUUAAUUUUUCUUUACCGCUUGUUAUGUCCUAGACAAGGGAGGAGUAUUCGUUGGGCCCUGUUUACAGGUCUAGUUAUGUCCGUCCCACCUUCCAGCGUGGAGAAAAGUCUAUCCUUCGAUCAUUGUCUUCUCGUGUUUGGUGUGUGCAUUGUUCAUGUAUUCAACGGUCUGUGAGAACCAGCGUUUUUACACCAAUGGUUCUGGGUACCGCAGCCUGAGAGCAACAUACCAGCGUAUUUGCCUUGAGCAGAAGCACCCCUCAUUGGUUGAAAAGGGCCACAUUAGUGGGGAUUGUUCAUUUUGUUGGUA